UUCUCCAAGUCCAUUCACACUCCCUCACUCUUCUCCCUCCCCCCUCCCCCCCUCCUCCUCAGCCAUGCCGCCCUCACCCGCGUCCUCUGUCCUGGCGCGCGCGGCCUCGCAGCGUAUCGGCUGCGUUCUUGACGACCGCAUCGAACUCACAGGUGUCCUCGGCGUCGGCGCAUACGGCGUCGUCUACACCGCCGUCGACGUCUUCACCCUCGUCCCCUUUGCCGUCAAGGCCCUCCUGCGCUCCACCGACUCCGGCGCGCCCAUCGCCGACACGCACAACGACAUCCUGCACCGCGAAAUCUCGCUGCUCACGCAGACUCAUCUUCACCCAAACAUCAUCUCGGUCGUUGAAGUCAUCGACCGCCGCGACGGCCUCUACGUCGUCAUGGAGUUUUGCCCCGAAGGCGACCUGUUUUCGAACAUCACCGAGAAGAAGCUGUUUGUGGGAAACGAUGAGCGCGCUAGAGACGCGUUCAUGCAGAUCGUCGACGCGGUCCAGUACUGUCACACCAUGGGCAUCUAUCACCGCGACCUCAAGCCCGAGAACAUCCUUGUUUCGGACGGCGGACGCACUCUCAAGCUCUCUGACUUUGGCCUUGCUACGACUGACAAAAUCUCGUUCGAGUAUGGAUGCGGUUCUUCUUUCUACAUGUCUCCUGAAUGUCAUGCACCCACCUCAUCAUCCGGAUACGACGUCGCCGCCAACGACAUCUGGUCGCUCGGAGUCAUCCUCAUCAACCUGACCUGCGGCCGCAACCCCUGGAAGACCGCCAACCGCGAGACCGACGAGUCCUUCAAGGCGUUUCUCAAAUCCCCGCACUACCUGCAGCGAAUCCUGCCCAUCUCCCCCGAACUCAACGACAUCCUUGCUCGCAUGUUUGACCUCAACCCGCAGACGCGGAUAACCCUUGGUGAACUGUCGAGUGUUAUCACCCAGUGUUCGCGGUUCACGGUCUCGCACGAGGAGUACACUGCCCGGGUCAACUACUACAACAACGGCGGCCGUCUUUUCGAACAACAACAGCAGCAGCAACAGAAGCAACAGCAACAGCACCAGAGAGCCGUUGCUGCGGCCAUUCAGCCUCGCUCACCGCCCGUCACACCCACACGAACACACGCCAACUGCUAUACCGGCGCAGUUACUCCCGUCACGCCUACGCUGCCAUGCUACGAGUUCCAAUCGCCUGCUACUCCCCCGCCACAGUCUCAGCAACAAAGUCUCAACAACCCAUUCAGAAACCGGAUGGCGUUCGUCUACGCUACGCCCGACAACGACUCGCCGAUCGAAGUACGCAUGCCUCAGAUUCAGGUACCUGUCACACCAUCGCGGCCGCAGCGCCGUGCUCAGGAGCAUUAUGCGUCUCCUCAGCAGCAGCAACAGCAGCAGCAGCAGCAGCAGCAGCAGCACAGAGGUCUUGGAAUCUUUUCAGCUUCUGUUAAUGCGUCUGAGCGGCUGCAGCAGCUGAUAUGGGGACAAGACAGCGGCGUGGUCAAUAACAACGCGGCGCCCGCUACUCCUGCGCGCAGCAGCAAUAGACCGAUCUCAGGCGCUUCAACGGCUUCUUCGGGAUCAGUUUGGACAUCGCCGCAGUCGACUCCGGCUACUUCUGUCGCCUCCUCGCCGUGGUCAGAAGCGUCGCCGUCGUUUGUCGAUGUUGAGUAUUUCAACCUCUAUCAACAAAAGCUGGACUAUAAUGGUUACAACGCCAAGCUAGUCGAGCUCAAUAUGAACCAGCAGCAGGCUGAAGAGUCGCUGUUUGCGGCCGAGUUCAACAAGGCAAACCACCACCACCAUCAACAACAUCACCAGCAGAAAGAACGCAGCGGGUCGCCUCCUCCCAGCCGACGACUGCGCAAGUUCAGCAUGGCCAAGAUGCUUCCGCGAACGGGCAACGUUGCGCGCCAGCGUCGGCGCGGACAGUUUGACGCGUCUGCCGAUAUGUUUGCCGAACAACAGUAUUACGAAGAGCCUGCUACCACCGAUGGUGCGCGGUUACAGCAGAGCUUGCCUAUUUUCUAAGCACUCUACCAGAGUGUGAUUACGGGUUUUUAUUCAUUUCCUGUAUAUACUUGUAUUAUCCGCUAUUUAAUUGUUUGGGUAUUUGCAUCAUCUUUGGGGUUGUUAUUGGAGCCUCUUUAUCUACUUGCAUUCGAUACUUUUGUUUUUUUUGGGAUGGUGUUAUCAUCAAGGCGCUCGUUUUGAACCAGACUGUUAUAUCUUCUGAUUUUUUCUCACUUGAAUUCAAGAUACCACUAUAGAAUUGUCGGAGUUUACAGCAUUUUUUACUAUUACUAUAUUUUAAUCAGUUGUGUGUGCGUUGCUGUUGCUCAAGGAAGUCGGGGUUCGGAUCCGUUCGUUUAUUGUAUCUUGUAUGCUGUACUAA